AUGACUCCAACAACAACUAAUGCUCCAACAACAACUGAAGCCCCUACAACCACAAACCAUCCAACAACAACAAUUUCCCCGACUACAACAAGUGCUCUAACUACAACAGAAGCCCCAACCACCAAAAGCCCUCCAAAAACCACAAUGGCUAUGACCACAACAAUUGCGCCAACAACAACUGAAGCCCCUACCACAACAAGCCCUCCAAGAACAACUAUGGAUCCAACAACAACAAGUGCUCCAACUACAACAGAAGCCCCAACGACCACAAGCCCUCUAAAAACCACAAUGGAUCCAACAACAACAGGUGCUCCAACAACAACUGAAGCCCCUACCACAACAAGCCCUCCAACAACAACAAUUGCCCGGAGAACAACCAGUGCUCCAACAACCACAGAAUCCCCUACCACAACAAGCUCUCCAACAACUACGGCUCCAAUUACAACAGGGUCUCCAACAACAUCUGAAGCCCCUACCACCACAAGCCCUCCAACAACCACUAUGGCUAUGACUACAACAAUUUCGCCAACAACAACUGAAGCCCCUAUGACAACAAGCCCUCCAACAACAACUAUGGAUCCAACAACAAAAGGUGCUCCAACAACAGAAGCCCUAACCACCACACACCCUCCAACAACCACUAUUGCCCUGACUACAACAAGUGCUCCAACAACAACAGAAUCCCCUACCACAACAAGCCCUCCAACAACAAUAAGACCUCCAACAACAACAGAAGCCCCUACAACCACAAGCCCUCCAACAACAACAAUUGCCGUGACAACAACUAGUGCUCCAACAACAACAGAAUCCCCUACCACAACAAGCUCUCCAACAACUACGGCUCCAACUACAACAGGUUCUCCAACAACAUCUGAAUCCCCUACCACCACAAGACAUCCAACAACAACAAUUGCCACGACAACCAGUGCUCCAACAACAACAGAAUCUCCCACCACAACAAGCCCUCCAACAACAACUAUGGCCCCAACUACAACAAGUGCUCCAACGACAACAGAAGCCCCUUCCACCACAAGCCCUCCAACAACAACAAUAGCCCUGACAACAACCAGUGCUCCAACAACAACAGAAUCACCUACCACAACAAGCUCUCCAACAAAAGCCCGAACCACCACAAGCCCUCCAAUAUCCACUAUGGCCCUGACUACAACAAGUGCUCCAACAACAUCUGAAGCCCGUACCACAACAAGCUUUCCAACAACAGCAAUUGCCCUGACAACAACCAGUGCUCCAACAACAACAGAAUCCCCUACCACAACAAGCUCUCCAUCAACUACGGUUCCAACUACAGCGAGUGCUCCAACAACAACAGAAGCCCCUACUACUACCACAAGCCCUCCAACAACCACUAUGGUUCCAACUACAACAAGUGCUCCAACAACAACAGAAUCCCCUACCACAACAAGCUCUCCAACAACUACGGCACCAACUACGACAGGUUUUCCAACAACAUCUGAAGCCCCUACCACCACAAGCCCUCCAAAAACAACAAUGACCCCAACUACAACAAGUGCUCCAACAACAACUGAAGCCCCUACCACAACAAGCCAUCCAACGAUAACAAGUGCUCCAACAACAACAGAAGCCCCUACCACCACAACCCCUACCAGCACAAGCCCUCCAACAACAACAAUUGCCACGACAACAACCAGUGCUCCAAAAACAACAAAAGCCCCUACCACCACAAGCCCUCCAACAACAACUACGGCUCUAACAACAAAAGAAGCCUCUACCACAACAAGCGCUCCAACAACAACUACGCCUCCAACAACAAAAGAAGCCCCUACCACAACAAGCCCUCCAACAAGCAUUAUGACUCCAACAACAACUAAUGCUCCAACAACAUCUGAAGCCCCUACAACCACAAGCCAUCCAACAACAACAAUUGCCCCGACUACAACAAGUGCUCCAACAACAACAGAAGCACCUACUACCACAAGCCCUCCAACAACCAUUAUGGUUCCAACUACCACAAGUGCACCAAUGACAACUCAUACCCCUACCACAACAAGCCCUGUGACAACAACUACAGCCCCAAGAACAACAAUUGCGUCAACAACAACUGAAGCCCCUACCACAACACACUCUCCAACAACAGCUAUGGAUUCAACAACAACAAGUGCUCCAACAACAAUAGAAGCCCCUACCACCACAAGCCCCCCAACAACAACAAAUGCCCUGACAACAACUACUGCUCCAACAACAACAGAAUCCCGUACCACAACACCCUCCAACAACAACAACUGCCACGACAACAACAAGUGCUUCAACUACAACAGAUGCCUUAAUGACCACAAGCCCUCCAACAAGCUCUAUGGCUCCAACUACAACAAUUGCUCCAACAACGGAAGCCCCUACAACAACAAGCCUUCCAACAACAACUAUGGAUCCAACUACAACAAGUGCAUUAACAAGAACAGAACCCCCAACCACCACAAGCACUCCAGCAACAACAAUUGCCUUGACUACAAGUGCUCCAACAACAACAGAACGGCCUACCGCAACAAGCCCUCCAACAACAAGUAUAGCUCAAAUUACAACAAGCCCAACAACAACAACUAUGGCUCCAACAACAACUGA